CGACAGCUUGGCGGAUGCAGCGUUUGCUGAAUUAUCCGCUCCUUCCUUCCACGCACCUCGUGUCGCCGCCCCUCUCCAGUCUUUCUUUGCCCUUUUCCCUUCCUGCGCGCAACGAAGCUUUUCUUUUCCCUUGUCUGUUUGAUCCGUUUGACGUGUGCUUGCGACCGAGUCGCCCAAGCACGUCCGUUCCUUUCCAACGCCAUUCAUUCCCAGAGCCACGAUCUCGCUCCGCGGACGAGGGGCCAUCUCCAGGCGCAACCGAGCCCUUGCUCCCAGGAACAAGUCACAGCAUCCACGACGGUUCUUGUCUGAACCGCAAAACCAACACACGCAUACCACUCUCGCCUCGAACACUGGAUGCGGCCACAACUGCUUUCCAGCAGCCGCAUUUGACAUGGUCACGGCCCUUUGAGCGGCGCCUCAACCGCGACUCGACAACCCCAUCACCAGCCACACGCGCCAUUGGCCGCGCUCACGAAAAUCUUCAGACGUAGACCGCAUGAGCAGUAUCUACAGGCGGCCGUUUGCUCACCGCGAGCUAUCUCGACCUAUCGAGGCCCCCCGGUUGUAGUCAAAGCGAUCCACCUACUGUAAUCUAAUUCCCACCCGCCACCAUGGUCUCCUUCUUCGGCAUCAGGCUUGGUGGGGACAAGAAAAAAACCCAAAAGAACCUGGUUAAACAGCCGCCGCAGAAAUGGAAUCGCAUUGAUCAGAAUACCCUGGGCCAGGGCCAGUACUUCGGCCCGAACCAAGCUGCUUCCCGGCCGCAGUUCCCGAAUGCCUUGAGUCGACCGGGAACAUCUCAGUCUACGGCCACGACACCGUCAAACUGGCGCGCCGUCUUCAGCAACCCCGCCAUGUCCUCGUCCAUGACGGACCUGGCCCCUCCUUCUAUGGGCGCGCUGCGACAUAACGCGUCCGAAUCGAACCUGAGGACCAACUUUGCCGGCGGCAGCACCACAAGCUUGGCGCUGCCCGCCUCGUUGGGAGGAACCGGCGCGAGGCCCGGAACGCCAAGUCGUCCAACGACGAGCAAGGCCGAAUGGGUGAACCCUCUCCACGUUCACUUCUGCAAGAGCACCUCAGAUUCACGCCCUGGGACACCAGCCACCGCAGGGGCACCCCCCAAAAGCCCUCUAAGUCAAUUCGAGUUCGACUGGAAACCAGCGCCUGUCCCAACUGAGCCCUCCAUCGAGCUCGUGCCGGGAGUCCAGCAGGCUGAGCAUCAGCCUACGGCUGAGCGACAUGGCUACCCGUCACCUCCAGGAUCAGACAGGGACUCUGACGGAGUUUUCUCCCCCGCCAAUUCAAAACCGACCUCCGCGGCACUGAAAUUGCAACCAUCGACGAACAGCCGAAGCAAAGGUCCCAGCGCCUUGCGCAAAGUGGACCAAGUCACCACCUCGCUCCCCAGUCCCACGCCUUCGUCUCCCCUUGCAGGCGGCGAUGACAAGCCGGAUACACCCCUCAUCCGUAACGUGCCCGCCAGACGCGACACGCUCGCUUUUCAUCAGCCUCGAAGACUGAGUGUCAAGAUGGAGUUUGACGACGAGAGACAGGAGAAGGCACGCAAAACACAGCACAUUGAGGGGUUUCGAGGAAAUUUUGCCGACUUUGAUUUCGGCGCGAAUGUGAAGCCUCCCAGUUCGGACAUGUCCACAGCAGUCAGUACGGACACGAGCUGGGGUGAGAGACCCAGCUUUUCGACCGAGAGUACGCGCCCUCGGGAGAGGGUGCAAUCUCCCAGCAUUACUGACUCGCAUUCUCAACGCUCAGUACGGUCCCCUGAGAGCCCGAUGAGCCGGCCUUCGGUUUCAACCUCAGCAUCGGCCAUGUCAUCGCACAAUGGACGACCUGAGUCCCCCAUCGUAAAGGCGCCGGCAGGAAUGCCGCGUGAGAUGCCACGGCGAAUAGGACCUCCACCGGCGGCCGCUGGUGCUCAUCGAGGUUCUGCGAAUGCCUUCGGAUGGACGAGCCCGCCUCGGGGGUUCAACUCACGCUUUGACGCGGCCAAGCAGACGCGCGCCCCUCCUCCCCGGCCCUUGUUUGCAACGCACAACCUGGCUUCGCAUGACGACGCAUCCACGAAUGUGCGCAGUCCGUACGGGCCCCCUCCCGACCAGAACAACUAUGUACGAAAUGAUAUGGAACCCCCUCGCCGGCCGCGAUCUCGGCCACCGUCGAGUCCCUUCUCUCGCCCUCCGAUGGUCGGAGAUUUUCCCAAGUCGAAUGGCCUGCCGCGGGGGCGCCAGCCGGAGAGGCCUCGGAGCUCGGUCGACGACAAUGACAACGGAGAUGACUCGAGCGUAUACGACGAUGACCCUGCAUGGCCGGAGUUUGAUCCCGCAUCGCCUCGCUAUUCAGCAAUGCCGGCGCCGCUCGCCACCCCGCGGAGCGAUCCCACUCGAUCGCCAGCCUUCCCGCCACGAUUGCCCAGUCCGGUGUUCCCGUCCUUUGAAAACUCCAUUUCCACCUCUGGCGACGAUUUGGCCCGAAGCUUUGAGCUUCACUUUGAUGCGCCACCAAGCGGGGGAUUCAUUCCUUCUGUAGAGCAGCGGCCGGGAUCGAGGACAGGCGAUGCCAGCCCCAAGCGGGUUGAGGCAAAGAAGGCGCCACCGCGGCCGGCCGUCAUGACGCUCCCUUCCUCGUCGUCGGGCAAGGAUCUCGGCGCCAUGAGAUCGCCAGUCGAGCCGCGUUUCCAAGGCGCAUUCAUAUAGUUCGUUUUACUAGGGCGGAAUUUUACGACCUAUUUGGAGAAGGGACGAACGGAGGAAUUUCAGGACAUGGUUUGCUUCUGAGCUUGAUGCUAGAUGUCUGUCCUAUUCUGAGAGUUGGGUUUGGCGCUGAGAGCCUCGCGCCGCUCGUUACAGUCGUAUUUGGUGUGGAGUUGUAGAUAUCCAGGCGGUUCUAUAGUGCCGGCGCCAGACACAGCGAUUGUAUAUCGUUUACAUUUCUACAUCCAAUCCAUUUUCCAAUGAAAGUCAAGUUGGAUUGGCUCCAAUACCAACUAUAUUGUACGGUUUCGAAGC